AGACACAACGUAAACAUUUCACGCAUGACGUGUUUCACCGAUGACGUCACAGAAACGAAUUUUGCUGCAAAACUUGAAAAUUCUUCGUUUUUUUCACUAAACAAUAUAAAAUAUGAAACUAAAACAACGCAUAAUAAUUGGUGUGACGUGUAUGGUCGCUUGGUUUACAAUUUACAAGAUGUUUCAAGUCGUAAACGACGACGAAGAGACAAUUUUAAACGAUUUAAGGCUGGCUGAGAAACCCAUCGUGCCGCAAAAAGUUAUUAAAAACGCGGAAAACGAACAAAAACCUGAUGAUGUCAUAGAAAAACCUAAUGAUGUCAUAGAAAAACCUAAUGAUGUCAUAGAAAAUUCUCCAAUGUUUAUAAAACAAGAUUCUGCUGCAAGAAAUGAGUUCGUGCAAAGUGAAUUAGACCGGUUACAACUGGAUUUUCAAGCAGCUGAUGUUUCCGACUUUAAAAAGCUGUAUAAGGUAGCGGGCAGUUGGGUAAACGAACGGCAGAUAUAUCCUUACCAACACCCUGAAUUGGCAGCCAUCUUGAAACUAAUGGCAUCGGCAAAGAUUAUGAAAGCCGACGCUUUACCAAAAGGAACGCAAAUAAAACUUCUGUUGGUGCUUGAAGGCGGUCAAAGAGUCGUGUUUAAACAAAAAAGAUAUGCAAGAGACCACAUAAUAGAAGGCAAGCCAUACGACGGGUACGACCGACAUAACGCUGAGAUCGCUGCUUUUCACUUGGAUCGCAUAUUAGAUUACCGACGAAGCCCAUUGGUUGUGGGGAGAGUCGUCAACCUUAAAACUGAGAUAAUGCCUGUCGCCACCACUCGUCUGCUUGACACAUUCCGUGAAAAAGACGGGAACAUUUGCUACUUUGGCGUUUGUUUAUAUUGCAACGAGAAAAACAUGGCGUGUGGUGAUGGUGAUGUCAUAGAGGGUUCUGUUACGCUGUGGUUGCCCGAGAAAUGGUCGGUGUUCGAGAAGUUGAGGCAUCCUUACCAGCGUACAUAUGUUGACAAUCGCAUGGCACGAUGGGAAAAAGAUGAAACUUAUUGUGAAAAAGUUGUGAAACACCAACCACCGUACGACCGUGGCACGCGGCUCCUUGACGUGGCAGAUGCCGCGGUGUUUGACUACCUGAUUGGCAAUGCCGAUCGUCACCAUUAUGAGAUAUUUAAAAAUAAAAGCAAAGACGCCAUGUUGCUAAUGUUGGAUAAUGCUAAGAGUUUUGGAAACCCCUCCCACCACGAGCCAAGUAUUCUUGCCCCACUAAGACAAUGUUGUAUGUAAGUAUCAUGUUUAACCUUGGGUGG